AUGUUUAUGUGGUGGUCAGCUGUUUUACUUCUUGGAUGCAUUUUGCUGGGAGCAGACGGGUGGCCAGCGAAGGAAGGAUAUGACUUUAGGCCCUAUCAGCCCCUAAUAAGAUUACGCCACAAGCAGGAAAAGAAUCAGGAAAGCUCAAGAAAUAAAGGGUAUAUGGGUCAAGAUGGACGUUUCGGAUCAUGCGAAAACAAGUACUGUGGUCUGGGAAGACACUGUGUUCUGAAUGGGGAGACUGGUCAAGCUGAGUGUCUAUGCAUGCAGCACUGCAAGCCGCAUUACAAGCCUGUGUGUGGUUCUGACGGAGAAUUCUAUGAAAACCAUUGCGAAGUGCACAGGGCUGCCUGUCUGAAAAAGCAAAAGGUCACCAUUGUACACAACGAAGAUUGCUUCUUCAAAGGGGAUAAAUGCAAACCUACUGAAUACAACAAAGUGAAAAAUAUGUUAUUGGAUCUACAAAAUCGGAGAUACAUUGCACAAUCAAAAGACAAAACUGUUGAUGAGAAAAUUGCUUUAAAGAAAAUUCUUGUAGAUGAGAUGUUUAAUUAUUUUGAUUCAGACAACAAUGGACUUGUGGACACUAAUGAAUUAUCUCAGGUAAUAAAACGGGAAGAGCUUGGCAAGGAUCUGUCUGACUGCUCUCUGUUCGAUUUGCUGAAAUACGAUGAUUAUAAUAGUGACAAGCACCUAGCUCUGGAAGAAUUCUAUAGAGCUUUUCAGGUAGUUCAGCUGAGUCUGCCUGAAGAUCAAAAACUAAGCAUCACUUCAGCAACAGUGGGGCAAAGUGCUGUCUUAAGUUGUGCGAUCCAGGGAACUCUGAGACCUCCCAUCAUCUGGAAGAGGAACAACGUUGUUCUGAACAGCUUAGACUUGGAAGAUAUCAAUGAUUUUGGGGAUGAUGGGUCCUUGUACAUUACUAAGGUUACCACAACUCAUAUGGGAAAUUACACCUGCUAUGCUGAUGGCUAUGAUAAGCUCUAUCAAACUCAUAUUCUUCAAGUGAACGUUCCACCAGUCAUCCGAGUCUAUCCAGAGAGCCAGGCAAGGGAGCCAGGCGUGACAGCUAGCCUCCGGUGCCAUGCGGAAGGUAUUCCCAACCCACAGCUUGGUUGGCUGAAGAAUGGAAUUGAUAUCACCCCGAAGUUAUCCAAACAGCUAACUCUUCAAGCAAAUGGCAGUGAGGUUCACAUUAGCAAUGUGCGCUAUGAAGAUACAGGAGCAUAUACUUGUAUUGCAAAGAAUGAAGCAGGGGUGGAUGAAGACAUUUCUUCUCUCUUUGUAGAAGAUUCUGCUCGAAAGACCCUUGCAAACAUAUUAUGGCGAGAGCAAGGUCUGGGAAUUGGGAACAUGUUUUAUGUUUUUUAUGAAGAUGGCAUCAAAGUAAUACAACCAGUGGAAUGUGAAUUUCAGAGACAUAUUAAACCUAGUGAAAAACUCCUCGGUUUUCAGGAUGAAGUUUGUCCCAAAGCAGAUGGAGAUCCCGUUCAGCGUUGUGUAUGGGCAACUGCUGUUACUGUAAAAGACAAGUUCAUUUAUGCAACUCAGCCCACACUUGACAGAGUUCUUAUUGUUGAUGUACAGUCUCAGAAAGUUGUACAGGCAGUAAGUACAGAUCCUGUUCCAGUGAAACUACACUACGAUAAAUCACAUGAUCAAGUCUGGGUGCUGAGCUGGGGAAACAUGGAAAAGAAUUCACCAACUUUGCAGGUGAUAACACAAGCCAGUGGGAGUGUUUCUCAUCACACAAUCCAUACUCAGCCAGUGGGAAAGCAGUUUGACAGAGUGGAUGACUUUUUCAUUCCGGCUACAACCCUCAUCAUUACCCAUAUAAGGUUUGGAUUUAUUCUUCAUAAGGAUGAGCCUGUGCUCCAGAAAAUUGAUCUAGAAACUAUGUCCUACAUCAAGACAAUUAGUUUAAAGGAUUAUAAUUGCAUUCCUCAGUCACUGGCUUAUACACAUCUUGGAGGAUACUUUUUCAUCUGCUGUAAGCCUGAUACCACUGGGGCUGUCCUGCCACAGCUUAUAGUGGAUGGCGUUACUGAUUCUGUGAUUGGAUACAAUGGCGACGUAACAGGCACACCACAUAUCUCUCCAGAUGGACACUACCUUGUCAGCAUUGAUGAUGCAAAAGGUCUCAUGAGGAUCCAGUCCAUAACAAUGAGAGGAGAAAUACAGGAUGCGUUUGACAUCCACACUAAUUUGCACAUAUCUGAUGUAGCUUUUCAGCCAUCAUUCACUGAAGCUCAUCAAUACAAUGUCUACUGUAGCUCCAGCACACAAACUGAUGUUCUCUUUGUGGAGCUCUCCUCUGGCAAGGUUAAGAUGGUGAAGAGUCUGAAGGAGCCUGUCAAGGCAGGUGAAUGGCCUUGGAACAGUAAGAACCGUCUUAUAAAAGACAGUGGCCUUUUUGGUCAGUAUCUUAUGACCCCUUCCAAGGAAUCUCUGUUUAUCCUGGAUGGACGGCUCAAUAAGUUAAAUUGUGAAAUCACUGAAGUUGAGAGAGGCAACACAGUAAUUUGGGUUGGAGAAGCAUAA